ACAUAGAGAUUGGAAGCCACGUUGACAACGAAGUGGUGUUUUGUUUCAUUCCAAAACCGGUGAAAUAACGGUAACUGCACCGGUGUGUCUGUCCAGCGGCCAAAGGGGUUGAAAAUCGUACAGAAGGACAAGCCACUUCACCUGAAAGAUGAGUGUAGGAUUCAUCGGAGCCGGCCAGCUGGCUCACGCGCUGGUGAAAGGGUUCGCAUCUGCGGGUGUAAUAGCUACUCAGAGAAUCAUAGCCAGUUCUCCAGAUACUGAUCUGCCUACUGUUGCUGGCCUGAGGAAAAUGGGUGCUAUCCUCACCACCAGUAACAAGGAGGUGGUGAACAAGAGUGAUGUCCUGUUCCUGGCAGUCAAACCCCACAUCAUCCCCUUUGUGCUGGAUGAGAUUGGACCAGACAUAGAGGACCGACACCUUAUAGUGUCCUGUGCUGCAGGAGUCACCAUCAGCUCUAUAGAGAAGGUCAGAACCUGUCCUGGACCGGUCUGGUGGAGUCACCAUCAGCUCUAUAGAGAAGGUCAGAACCUGUCCUGGACCGGUCUGGUGGAGUCACCAUCAGCUCUAUAG